AUGUCUCCCAACCGUCUUGAGGAACUUGACAACGUCUUCGACGACCACCCUUCACUAACCGCCUCCCUCGAGGACUUUGAAGACUCUUCUCGCCCAUCACCCUUCUUUGGCUUGCCAUCGCAGCACUCUGGUUUCCGUUCUGAAGACAACGAUGAACACGAGCCAGAUACAGACUUAGAUUCAAGUGCCGGCGACCCAUGGACUCCACCGGGUUACAGGCAGCGGAGAUACAUUUUAAAACAGCAAAAUUUUCCACCAACCGCUGGUAGCGCAUGGUAUCGGCAUCAGCCGUAUCUACGGGACAAACCAGAUCUAAAUCCUCCCUGUGAUUGCAGUCCGUUGCGGUCAAGGGAGGUUAGCCCGCAAUAUGAGGAUGCGCUGGAGAAACCGCCUGUGAGCGGGGAUGAUGAUGUUGCUGACUUAACAAUGCCUGCAAAUAUACCAUUACCUGUGGGCAUAGAUUCCCCAUUAAAGGGCAGGUCGCCUAGUCCCGCGCCACCGACAAAGCGCGAGGAGAGUCCCUGGAGAAACAAAGAGAAUCAUGUCAAUAGCGACGAGCUUGAACUGGUGCCGCAGGACCUUUCUCCAGAUUCGUUCACAAAUUACAUCCGCUUUGCGGUGCGCGCAGAGGUUCAGCAUCGAGAACCCUUCCUUGCAUUCUUCAAUUUCAUCACCCAAAAGUUAGAUUCAAUGGUUAAGAAUCGCACGAACACUGCUUUAUCCUUAAUAAUAGGCCUCUUAUCCUUCACAAUUAUCCGCGCCCUCUUUCUGCCACCUAUCCCUCUCCCAGUCCCCGACCUCGUCAAACUCUCCGGCUUAGCCCGCUCCUUUGAGCCGUUAAUUUACUACUCCGAAAAUGGCGUCCAGCAAAUCGGCGCACUGCAAGAAACCGGCGUCGCCGUCUGGGACCUAGGAGAAUCCGUCCGCGGCACAAACAUGACCAGCGCUCCCAUCAUCGUCCGUCAAUUAGACGAACUUUCCGAAUCCCUGAAGACAUUAUCAUUAGAACUAACGCGCUUCUUCGCCAACGUGGACGCAGACAUCGACUCCAUUCUCAUCGUCAUGGACUGGGCAAAGCGCGAACUAGAAACCCUCUCUUCACAACCUGCGCACUCCCUCCCCUCCAUCUUCUUCGACAACCUCCACUCCUUCCUCUCACGCCUCGGUGCACUAGAGACCACCACAACAACCUCACCAGAUGGCAAUGAAGCGCCACUCCCCUCCCCAACCCGCCUGGGCUCCUUCAUCACCAAAGUCUUCGGCACAACCCGCUCGCAACGCACACACCGCACCCUCACACAUACCUUCUCCGAAUUUCUCGCCGUACAGGAAGAGUCCAUAAACAACGAACUGACACAUUCGACCGCCCUCUUCGCGCUCUUUGAGGCUAUAGACCGACAGUUCCUAAACCUCCAGCGCACCGUCGUGCGCGAAUCGGACGCUCAGGAGCGCGCAGAGGGCGAAAUGCUCUCGUCGUUGUGGACGCGUGUUCUGGGACCCAACGCCGUCGCGCUACGUAAGUAUGAGAAAAACCGCCAGCUGCUGUCAUCCGUGCGGCAGCGGACGGUUGCCAACAAGCACCUUCUCAUGGACUAUCGUGGCAAGCUGUUGACAUUAAAGGUGAAUCUGGAAACUUUACGGAGGAAAUUGGUUAGUCCACUGGUCAGGAGGAAUGAUUCGGUGACCUUUGGGCUUUUUGGAGGGAGCAGUAGUGGUGAGGGGGAGCUGGCGGGAAGGGGUCUUGCAGGGAGUGCGGCGCAGGGGUCUGUGGAGUUGGUGGUUGAGAGGCAGAUUAGGGGCUUAGAGGGGGCUUAUGAUUAUUUGAAAGGGGUGAGAGAGAGGCAGAAGGCGAAGUUGAUGGAGAUGGUUUACGGGGCUGGAAGCCGGAAGGUGGGGAGUGCGAGUGGGCUGCUAGAUGGGAUUGCGGGAGUGGGGGGAGGAGCUGGCGGUGGAGCAACUGGGGGUGGAGCAGCUGGGAGCGGAGAUGGCUGA